UACAUGCGACCGUACAACCGCUCAGCCUGCCUCCGUUUUUCUCCAACGCCAGCGACGACGCGGAGGACAACAGACAUUCGUGUUUUGAAUUGAAGCGGCGGAGAAGAUUUCAACGUAUCCGGACGCCCUAACUUUCCCUCACAACACGAACCGCGCAGUGUGUGGCUCUUGUGGACUGUAACGGAUUGGCAAAAAGCACUCCUUUCCCCUUGACUACUCAGCGGAACGGUUUUUCCAAUCGCAGACAUCCCAGCAGAGCCAAAGGUGCAGUGGGGGCGAGGCUGCUCUCAGGUCAGAACAAACCCGUCGCCAUGGAUGUGGAUGAGGAGGAGAAUAUGAGUUCGAGCAGCACCGAUGUUAAGGAAAACCGAAACCUGGACAACGUGUCCUGCAAAGACGGGGUGGGAGUGGCUGAACAGCUCCCCAAUGGAAGCGGCCUGGGCAGUCGAAAGCGCCCCCUAGAAGAGGGAAACAAUGGACACACACACUCGAAGUUCCGGGCCAAGAAACGUAAGAAAACGCCAGGGCCAGUCCUGCCCAAGAACGCCCUGAUGCAGUUGAACGAAAUCAAACCGGGUCUACAGUACAAACUGCUGUCUCAAACAGGACCAGUCCAUGCGCCAGUUUUUGUCAUGACUGUGGAGGUCAAUGGACAGAUGUUUGAGGGCAUGGGCCCAACUAAGAAGAAGGCUAAACUGAACGCAGCAGAGAAAGCACUGCGUUCCUUCGUCCAGUUCCCCAAUGCCUCUGAGGCACACCUGGCCAUGGGUCGAACAUUGACAGUGAACACAGACUUUACAUCUGACCAAGCUGACUUCCCAGAUAUGCUCUUCAAUGGCUUUGAGACACCAGCCGCACCUGAGGAAUCCUUCUAUCUAGGCUCUAAUGGUAGCAGCUCCUUAAACUCACUAGGGGAGUACCCACUGCCCACACCACCUGGCAGCAACCUUGCCCAGGCCCCACUGCCCCCUCCAUCAGCAUUCAGCUCGCCCUCCAGUGGCAAAAACCCAGUCAUGAUCCUCAAUGAGCUCAGGCCAGGCCUCAAAUAUGACUUUGUCUCAGAGAGCGGGGAGAGUCAUGCCAAGAAUUUUGUGAUGUCAGUAACAGUGGAUGCACAGACGUUUGAAGGCUCAGGGCGCAACAAGAAGUUGGCCAAAGCCCGGGCAGCGCAGGCCGCCCUCUCAGCUCUCUUCAACAUGCAGCUAGACCAGACGCCAUCCCGGCAACCCAUACCAAGAGAGGGAUUGCAGCUUCACCUACCCCAGGUUCUGGCUGAUGCCGUCUCUCGCCUGGUGGUGGAUAAGUUCAGUGAGUUGACAGAUAACUUCACCUCCCCCCAUGCACGACGGAAAGUCCUAGCAGGGGUCGUCAUGACAACAGGGACAGACGUGAAGGAAGCACAGGUCAUUUGUGUCUCCACGGGAACCAAAUGCAUCAACGGUGAGUACAUGAGCGACCGCGGCCUGGCACUCAAUGACUGCCACGCUGAGAUAAUCGCCCGACGCUCGCUCAUCAGGUACCUCUACACUCAGCUGGAGUUCUUCCUCAGCAACAACAAGGAGGACCACCAGAAGUCGAUAUUUGUGCAGUGUGAGAAGGGAGGCUACAGGUUAAAGGACAACGUGCAGUUCCACCUCUACAUCAGCACCUCGCCCUGUGGAGACGCCAGGAUCUUCUCUCCGCACGAGGCCGGAGUGGAAGACCAAGGGGACAGACAUCCCAACCGGAAAGCACGGGGACAGUUAAGGACAAAAAUUGAGUCCGGGGAGGGCACCAUACCUGUGAGGUCCAGCAACACCAUCCAGACUUGGGACGGGGUCCUGCAGGGGGAGAGGUUACUCACCAUGUCCUGCAGUGACAAGAUCGCAAGGUGGAAUGUGGUGGGCAUUCAGGGCUCUUUGAUGAGCUACUUCACAGAGCCAAUCUACUUCUCCAGCAUCAUCCUCGGCAGCCUUUACCACGCCGACCACCUCUCCAGGGCCAUGUACCAGCGCAUCGCCGAUAUCGAGGACCUGCCCCAGCAGUUCACCCUCAACAGGCCCCUGCUCAGCGGUAUAAGUAAUGCAGAGGCCAGGCAGCCCGGCAAGGCACCCAGCUUCAGCGUGAACUGGACAGUGGGCGACCAGGCCCUGGAGGUGAUCAAUGCAACCACAGGCAAGGACGACAUGGGUCGCGCUUCACGCCUCUGCAAGAACGCCCUCUACAGCCGCUGGGUGCGCCUACACUCCAAGCUGUCGUCCAUCUUGUGGAUCAAGAUGCUCAAGCCCAGCUCCUACCAUGAAGCCAAGCAGGCGGCCACAGAGUACCACUCUGCCAAGCAGGCGCUCAUCAAGGCCUUCCACAAGGCCGGCCUCGGGGCCUGGGUCAAAAAGCCCAUUGAGCAAGACCAGUUCACCCUCAGUUCCUGAGGGAGUCAAGGGACCAAGGGAUUCCUAAACCCCCCACUCCUUCCCCCCCUGACCCAGGCCUGAAAGCAAGAGAGCCCCCUAUAAACAGCCAGCCCACAGAGACACUUACCUCCGUCCCAUGUGUCGGCACGCACGUGCACUUUGUACUUGUGGAAAUAAACGUGCGUAGUUUCACAAACCAUCCAUAGCUCAUCAUUCUCAUUCCUCUCAUCAUAUUGCUUUGUGUCCUUUUAUUCUGAUUUUAAUGGAUGGGUUUUUUUCCAUCUACUUGUUUGUUCUGUUUUAAAACUGGAAUCCAUGGUUUUUACACCACUUAGUUGUCUAUGUUUCCCAUAGAAUUUAUGCUUUCAUGCCGUAGACGUGGAAGUCGAAAUCAUACAGUUUUGUUUAUUUUCUCCAUCAGUGAGUGUAGCCAGUUUAGGGUGAAAUGUAGCCUAGAAUCACAGGAUCUUUCUUAAGUAAAACCGAUGUGUAUGGACCUAAAAAAAGAAUGACUAUGACGAAUUUUAAUUUAAAGAUGCAUAAAUCUCCAGGAUGUAAAUCUAGUGCUGAAAAGAAGAUAGUUCUAUAACAUUUAAUGUGUGUUAUUUGGUCCGUUCCUUAGAUGAGACUACAUGUUCAUAGCCCCUGUAUUAAAGAUGAAGAUGUUACUAAAUGUUGUGGUCCUGUUUGAUUCACUGACUGCAGAGAAUAUACAGGGCAGGCGUCGCAGCAGUUUAGUACACUUUUGUUGAUGUUCAUGUGUUGUACAUUCAUUCAUGCAUCUAUUCUGUAAGUUAUUUUCUGUCACUCUCAUUCCAUACUUAAACCAUGGGGGAUCGCACCCCGCCACCCUCCCGACUCCUCCCCUCGCCUGGGUCUUGGGACAAGCUUUGGGAGGUGCUGCACGUUGUAUUUUUCCUUGAUCUAAGCCAUGGCUUUGCAUGGGAACUGAAAUGGGAGGCCGACAGAGCAGAAAACGUGGUGGAGAGCUUCCGUCAGUGAAUGAUUUUUGAAUGAAUGCCAGCAUCUUCCUCCACAGGCAGCUUUGAAUCUUUGUCUCUAUUUUGUAGAUUUCUCGUGAUUGUUUGUUUGUUUUAAGGGGAGGGACAGGGACCUUUUUGUUGUUGUUGUUGUUGUUAUUUUUCUCAAGAUUGGGCAUUUGAGAAUUGGGGGAUAAUAUUGCAGUGAAAGUAGAGUUGGCAUAAACAGACCUCUCAGAUCUUGUAACUUUGUGGCAGGAAUCCAUGAUGGAUGAACUAUUAAUAGAAGGCAUGGUCGAUGUACUGUAGUGCCACAUGCAGUAAGUUACAGUCACUGGAUGUCACAUUAUGCCGGCCUGUAGUUAUAGUCUGGAAUGCAAACAAGCUGUAACAUGCCGUCAAGUUGUGUGCUAAUGUCUGAUAAACUCCACCGGUUGGGUUGUGCCCAAAUGCAUCACAGUGUGAUGUCAUUUGCGUCGUCCUUUCUUCUGCAUCUACAGAAACACGUUAGCCGCGUCGUCCGGGACGACCGUUGUGAUCUGACCUGCCACCUUUGCACCCCGAGUGCAUGAAUGUCCUCGUGUUUUAAAUCUGUAAAUGAGGAUGUAUUUCCAAGUAACUGCAGUGAAUUCCUCUUCCCAGCCGUAGGAAGUGUGUGUGUGUGUGUGUGUGUGUGUGUGUGUGUGUGAGAGAGAGAGUGAGAGAGACGUGUGUGCUCCUAUGUCUUCAAGCAUACUGUGUGGAAUCUUCACCAAAGAUGAUGAUGUCCAUGUGUGUUUCUGCCCUUCUAUUUUCCCUGAAGAGAUUUUUUUUUAAAGUAUCCUCCUUUUUUUAAUAUCGACCCUUUACUGUUUUGUUUUGUUUUUUGUAAACCCACUGAACAAUGUACUUUUGAUUUGUACAAAAACUGUGUAUUGCAUUCAGUGUGGGGGAAAUUGAAUUGUCAGGCUUCUUUAGUGCAUCCGUAGCUGUCGGUGGCCACUUGUAUAUUGUGACCUGCAAUCAUUAUUGCUGCAGUAUCGUAGUUCUGUGUAUAUAAGGAACAACAAAAAUGACAAAAUCUGUUCCCUGUACAAUGAUUUCAUCCUAGAAACUGUCCGAACUCUCUCCCUCUUCCUGGGACUGUGAAGAUGUAAUGUAUUCGUGGUUCUCUGUGACUCACUGGGCACCAUAAAGCAUGGCACUAACACUGCCGGGGUUAACAUGAUCCAUCCCCAUUGUAGCCACCAAUGUUUAAAAAAAAUAUAUGCACUGUAAGGUGCCUCAGCUAAAAGUGGCAUCCACCAGCUGGCACGGGCGAUGUCAUAUAUGUACCUUUUUUACUUCUAUUUGGUUGUUUUAUGAGUCAGUAUUAGAAAAGCAGGAAAAUCUACCGUCGAGUCGAGUCGAGUUGAAGGUAGAAACCUUGGAAUUUGGUGUAAAAAAAAUAACCACAGAAAUAACCCCCCCCCAACAAAUAGACCCAGACCAAAGUCACAAGCAAUACUCCUGAUGUCUCCUUUAAUGUUGCUCCAUCACACACAGGAGUCUGAAUGAAGUUUCCCUCCCCCGCUGCUCCUCCAGUCUUUGUUCUCCUGUCCUCUUCUCUCUCCACAAAGCUGUCUGAAAGCUGUCUUUUUUUUGUUUUUGUUUUUUUUUUAUGUAUAUCCCCCCCCCCUAAAGAGACUGCCUGCUUCUAGACUUUUGUUUUUCUUUUGACUGCACUAAAGAUGUCAAAUGAUGAUGUCAUGAUAUAAAACCGUCCCCGGAUUGGAUGGCAACUAUCACAGCAAGAACUGAACUGCUUCUGCUUAACCCUUUGUGACUCCUCGACG